GAGCAGAACUCUUCAUAUAUCAUCUUGUUCCCCAAACAAAAGAGCAAGACAGUGCAGCUACAUUUCUCACCUUCAUAACAAAAAAAAAAUGCAAACCUUUCGAAGAAUCACAACAACAGCAACAACAACAAACCAAUUCAAAUCACUCUUCUCCACCAGCAAACUCCCAACAACAAUCCGUCAAUUCUCAUCUCGCAAUCCUCGAAGCGGCGAAGAGGAAUGGAACGAAGCAUGGGAAUCAGCGUGGUUACCACAAGACCUAACACCAAAGACACGAGCACCAUGGGAAGGAGACGUGAAUUUCGCUUCGGAAGAAGUGGCGGACGCGGAGACGAAGGCGUUUGUGGAGGAGAUGAAUGAGAAUUGGAAUGAGAGGAGAAAAGGGUUGAAGAAGGAGAAGGUUGAGGAGGAGAAUGUGAAAGGUGGGAUUUAUAGUUUGGAGAAUAUUAAGAAGGAUUAUAGGUUGAAGAAACAGAAGUUGCAUGCUGGGCUUUGGAGUAAGGAGAUUGAGAAACUUGAGGAGGCGAAAUUGGGGGGGUGUGGUGGUGGUAAUGGGGAUGAUGAUAUUCAGAAAUUGCUUGAUAGUUGUUCAGAUAUUUUUGACUCCCACAAUAAUGAUCUGAACAACGCAAAAGAUCCAACUUCUGAAUUCAAAAACAUGCCUGAUGGGUGGGAAACAAUAUCGAAAAAUCAAGACGGAAAUAUAUGGGAGAUGUCCCAAAGAGAAGAAGAUAUACUUAUGCAGGAAUUCGAGCGGCGAAUUGCGUAUAGCAAAUUUCAGAUUGCUAGUUUUAUCAAGACACACAUAUUUAGCCGGAGAAGGCCAAUUGAUGGGUGGAAAUACAUGAUAGAGGUGGUGGGACCAAAUGCCAAGAGAGGGAAGGGCAGUGUUUCUAGAGUACCAAGUCUCUCUGAUCCCUCUACCCAACCAUUCAAAGAAGAGAAGACUUCAGUUGAUAAAAGUUACAUUCCCCUUGGUAGGAGAUAGCCUGGUCAUGUAGUUUUAUGUAUUCUCUUUUGCUCUGCAGAAGUCAUUGCAGGGGUCAUUUUAUUUAAAAAGAAUGAUGAAUGCAACUUUGCCGAGGUGUGACCGGAAUGGCAGCUGAAAAUCUUGGCUGCAAUAUUUUCUCUUAACAGAAUCUUAACUAAGGUUCAAACCAUGGAGGAAAUGACAAUGUGCUGUCCUGUGUUGGUGGUGCCAAUCUGGGCUGCAAUAUUUUCUAUAUUGUGACACUAAAUGUUGCUGUAACACUUAGAAGGAUGUAGUAUGUACAGUGAGUGAAUGACAUUAAAAUGGUCUAUGCAGCUAUCUUUUUCUUCAUAUAAGAUAUAUCGUAUGAAUUUAAAUUAGAUUGGACAUUUUCUAAACCCUAAAA